UUCAUAUUCUUCAACUCACCUUCAACACCUAAAAAUUCAAAGGCAUUAUAUAUAUAUAUAACUUAAAUAUAUUUAGAGAGAAAGAUGGUUAAGACUUGUGUGCUUGUUUGCAUUGUGCUAGCAAUUGCACUAGCUCAUGAUCAUGCAUUGGCAAGACCAACUCCUGAACAUGUUCAGGAGAUGAACACCAAGAAUCCGGUGGCCGCCGGCGCUGGAGUCGGAGAUAAGAAGAACUUUGUUUUUGGAGGUGUAGGUGCCGGUGUUGGUGGUGGAGUUGGUGUUGUUGGCUUUCCGGUGUUUGGUGGCGUUGGUGGUCUUGGUGGUGUUGGUGGCGUUGGAGGUGUUGGCGGUUUAGGUGGUGUCGGAGGACUUGGAGGUGCCGGAGGACUUGGUGGUGUUGGUGGUGGCGUUGGAGGACUUGGUGGUGUUGGUGGUGGCGUUGGUGGUGGUGCUGGUGGUGGUGUUGGUGGUGGUGGUAUUCUUCCGUGAAGGCUGGAUAUAUUAGGGUUUGUUUUACGUGUGUUUCAUGCAUGCAUGCACGGAAGGGUACGUAGGAAGUUUGGGAGGAGUGGUGAAGUGUGGUCCUUUGUUUGUUUGUUUGUUUGUUAAUUUUAUUUAAGGGUUUGAGUUUUAGGGUAAUGUUUGUGGGGAGAAUAAAGAGGAGUACUCCUUAAAGUGUUAAUUAGUUUUUGUGAUGUGAAUUAGGGUUUGUGUUCAUUAUGAUGUUUCGUUUUGUUUUAAUUAAAGUUGGUGGUUUAUUGACUGUUGCUUGAUGA